GGAAUUAGUUAGCGCCAGUUGAGCUUGGAUCUUCCAAUCAUUCUGUGGUUAGAACACCAUUUGGAAAAAUGUCCACCACCUUUACUAUUAACGGACAGCCUUAUUCGGUUAACCUGACCGACCUCCCGCCGGACAUCACUCUGAAUACUUUCAUCCGGGAGCACGCCCAACUGACGGCAACCAAGUUCAUGUGCCAGGAGGGAGGAUGCGGUGCCUGUGUCUGCGCUGUGAGCGAUGGCAAGAGCUCCUGGACCGUUAAUUCAUGCCUCAAGCUGCUGAAUACCUGCUCCCAGCUGGAGAUCGUUACCUGCGAGGGUCUGGGCAACCAGAACAGCGGCUACCAUCCAAUUCAGAAGCGGCUGGCUAAGAUGAAUGGCACCCAGUGCGGUUAUUGCUCGCCCGGAUUCGUGAUGAACAUGUAUGGCCUGUUGGAGCAGCACGGCGGGAGAGUGACCAUGUCGGAGGUGGAGAACUCUUUCGGAGGUAACAUAUGCCGAUGCACCGGUUACCGUCCAAUUCUGGAUGCCAUGAAGUCCUUCGCAGUGGACAGCGACAUUGAGGUUCCAGCUGAAUGUACGGACAUUGAAGAUCUGUCUGUAAAGCCAAGGAAUUGUCCGCGAACGGGUAAAAUUUGCGGGGGUGGCUGCCAGCGGUCUAAACUUAUUUACGAGGAAGGCUACCAGUGGUACUGGCCCAAAACCCUAGUUGAAUUGUUCGAAGCUCUGGAGAAUAUUGAGGAUUCGGAUGAGUUUAUGCUGGUGGCGGGAAACACAGCUCACGGUGUCUAUCGCAGAUCCCCUGAUAUCAAGCACUUUAUAGAUGUGAGUGGCCUGGAGGAACUAUACCAGCAUAGCUCUGAUUCCCAACAAUUGAAACUGGGAGCUAAUAUGAGUCUGACUCAGACCAUGGAAAUCCUCCAGAGCACUUCGAAGCAACCAGGCUUUGAGUAUCUUGAAGUUCUUUGGAAUCACAUCGAUUUGGUGGCCAACGUACCAGUGAGAAAUUCUGGCACCUUGGCUGGAAAUAUUGCAACAAAAAAACAUCAUCCGGAGUUUCCAUCGGACAUCUUUAUUUCAUUUGAGGCCCUGGAUGUGAAAGUAUUGGCAAUGGAAAACGCUACUGAUGAACAAGAAAUGACUUUGGAAGAGUUUUUAAGUGAUUCGAAUAAAAAACUGGUGCUCAAGGCAUUCCAUCUUCCAGCAUAUCCCAAGGAUAAAUUCAUAUAUGACUCUUAUAAGAUCAUGCCACGUGCCCAGAAUGCCCAUGCUUAUGUAAAUGCAGCCUUUCUCCUAGAAGUGGAAUCGGAUUCUACCGUAGAAUCAGCUCGGAUUUGUUUUGGAGGCAUUCGUCCUGAUUUUACCCAUGCCGCACCCAUAGAGCAGCUAAUGGUGGGCCAUAAGCCCUUUGAGAGCGGUCUAAUAGAGCAACUGUUCAACAAACUAGAGAACCUUAUCCAGCCGGACGAAGUCCUGCCCGAUGCUAGUCCAGCUUACCGCUCCAAGCUGGCCUGUGGACUCCUAUACAAGUUCCUACUGAAACAUGCUCCCGAUGCGGAAGUCAGUGAGAAGUUCAAGAGUGGUGGGCAAAGCCUUCAGAGGCCCCUUUCCUCCGGAAUGCAGCUCUUCCAGACCCAAAAGCAAAACUACCCUGUCACCCAGGCAGUGCAAAAGUUAGAGGGAAUGAUACAGUGCUCCGGAGAAGCUACCUACAUGAACGAUGUGUUGACCGCUUCCAACUCCGUUUAUUGCGCCUUUGUGGGUGCCACCAAAGUAGGAGCCACCAUUGACCAGAUCGAUGCGUCCGAGGCUCUCCAACAACCUGGUGUCGUCGCUUUUUAUUCUGCAAAGGACAUUCCUGGAACAAACACUUUCUGUGAGCCAAGUUUCGGCUACCAGGCGGAGGAGAUCUUCUGCUCGGGAUUGGUGCUUUACUCGGAACAACCGGUGGGAAUGAUUGUGGCCCUGACUGCUGAUCAAGCUCAAAGGGCUGUCAAGUUCGUAAAUAUCAACUACAGUAAUCCGCGGGCCGAUUUCCAAUUAAUGCCAAGCUUAAAGCACGUAUUCUCAUCUCCCACAUUGGACGCAUCCCGAAUUGUGCCACUGGCUGUUUCGAAACUAAAGGACGUCAAGUUCUCCGAUAAACCAGAUGUUGAGGUGCGCGGAAUCUUCGAGAUGGGACUGCAAUAUCACUUCACUAUGGAACCACAGACAACAGUGGUUAUUCCUUUCGAGGAUGGACUUCGGGUCUUUUCGGCCACUCAGUGGAUGGAUCACACCCAGUCCGCAAUUGCACACAUGCUCCAAAUAAAGGCUAAGGAUGUACAGCUUCAGGUACGCAGACUGGGCGGAGGUUACGGAUCCAAGAUUUCUCGUGGCAAUCAGGUGGCUUGCGCCGCCUCCUUGGCGGCUUACAAGUUGAAUCGUCCUGUCCGAUUUGUUCAGACCAUAGAAUCCAUGAUGGAAUGCAAUGGAAAGAGAUGGGCCUGCCGCUCGGAGUACCAAUGCCAUGUGAAAUCGAAUGGCAAAAUCGUGGGCUUAUCCAACGAUUUCUAUGAAGAUGCUGGUUGGAAUACUAACGAAAGUCCUGUCCAAGGACACUCCACCUCAACUGCAUCCAAUUGUUACGAGUUCACGGAGAGCAACUUCAAGGUAAGUGGCCACGCGGUGCUUACAGACGCCCCUAGUUCCACCUGGUGCCGGGCUCCAGGAUCGGUUGAGGGAAUCGCUAUGAUGGAGAACAUUAUCGAACAUGUGGCUUUCGAGAUCCAGAAGGACCCGGCAGAUGUGCGAUUAGCCAAUAUAAACAAAAAGAGUAAGAUGGCAACUCUGCUGCCAGAGUUCCUGAAAACGAGAGAGUACUUCUCCCGGAAGAAGGAGAUCGAGGCCUAUAAUUCUAACAACAGAUGGAAAAAGCGAGGACUGGGAUUAUCCGUGAUGAACUUUCCAAUAAUAUACCUUGGUCAGUUUCCAGCAACAGUGGCUAUUUAUCAUGUGGAUGGAACAGUUGUAGUCACCCAUGGAGGCAUCGAAAUGGGACAAGGCAUGAACACAAAGGUGGCUCAAGUUGCCGCCUACACGUUGGGCAUCGACCUGAGCUACAUAAAGGUGGAGUCCUCGGAGACAAUCAACGGAGCCAACUCCAUGGUCACAGGAUACGCCAUCGGAAGCGAGAGUGUUUGCUUUGCGGUGCGAAAGAUUUGUGAAACUUUAAAUGCACGAUUGAAGCCAGUGAGAAAACCGAAGGCCUCCUGGGUGGAAACUGUGGAGGCCGCCAACGCCCAGUUAAUCAACCUUAUCGCCUCGGAUCAAUGCAAGGCGGGAGACAUGCAGACCUACCAGGUCCUGGGACUGGCCCUCUCCGAAGUGGAGAUAGAUGUCCUUACGGGCAACAUCCUUAUCAAAAGGGUGGACCUACUGGAAGACGCUGGCGAGAGCCUGAGUCCCUGGAUAGAUGUGGGGCAGGUGGAGGGUGCCUUCGUGAUGGGCCUGGGCUACUGGCUCAGCGAACUGCUUAUCUACGAGGGCGACAAUGGACGCCUGCUGACCAACCGCACCUGGAACUACAAGCCGCUGGGGGCCAAGGACAUACCCAUCGACUUCAGGGUGGAGCUGAUGCAUAAUCCGCGGCCUAAUGGGGCUGGAUUUAUGCGAUCGAAGGCCACGGGGGAGCCGCCUUGCGUUUUGGCAGUCAGCGUGAUAUUCGCCCUGCAGCAGGCCCUGCAAUCCGCCCGGCAGGAUGCAGGACUUCCGAGAGAGUGGCUGCGCCUUGGGGCCCCCACAACCCCGGAGACUCUGGUUCUUAAUUCGGGCCACCAAGUGGCGGAGUUCAAGCUCAAAUAGAUGCUGAAAUAUUAAUCAAAAUGUACUUUUUACAGAAAUACAAAAAAAAAAAUUCCUAACAAAAAUAUAAAAAAAGCACUC